GCAUAACACUGUAACACAAGUGACUAAUUGCCUACUAAAUAAUAUCUCAAGGGUAACCAAGAUUUAUUGAUGGACUUUUAUUUGCAUAGAAUCUGGAAUUUGCUGUCAUAUCAGUCCAGCUACUUUCAAACAUAAUCCCAAGAUAAAACAUCAUCACGACCUCUCGAUCCGAGGCCACCACUGGGCAAAAUGUGCAAGGUUUCAUCUAUUGUCUUGCAAUCUGCUGGUUGUUUGCUUCUCCUAAAUGGCGAGCUUGCACACAAAUGGACAAAAUGGACCUACCAACUUUGCAGUAUGUCCCAAGACGGUAGACUCUGCGGCAACGAAGAAAACCUGAACGCUCUAGGAGACGAUUACGGAUAUCGGUCGGGCUCCUGUAUCGUCUGCGAUAAUGAGUACAGAGCGAGAUCCAAUUAUGAAAUAGCAUUAGCUGCUGCUCAAAAUCAAUACAGUUUGAUAGUUAAUGCUGCAUGGAACAAGAAGCUUGAGGAAGAGCAAGAAGCCUGUUAUACUAUAGACACGAUUCCAUUCAUCGAAAAACAGAAGCGAGUUUGCUACCACCACUACCGCUCUCGCCGCGGCUACUCGAAAAUGCUACACCGAUGAGCUUAUUGGUGUAUUACAUGGGAGUAUAUUGCUUUGACUCUAUCUGUUUAGUCUAGGUUGCAAGUCGAUUUGCCAACUCAGCUUUGGCGAUUUUUUUUUUGGAUGGGAGAUAGACAGUUUCAUAUUUGGUUCAAUGCCUUGUGAGUUUUGAUAUUUAGAAUAACAUGGCGAUGCUAAAGAUA